AUGCCCACCUCUUAUUUCGAUGUUGACGCCAUCUUGGCCGAAGAAGAAUUGAUUCCCUGCACCACCUUGUUUGAAUUUUCACACUUGAAACAUUUGGAUCCCGAUGCCAGCAUUGGUGGAGGACGCUCCUCCUCCUCCAAGAAGUCUAGAGCUAAAAACUAUUUGGAAGAAAACUCGCGCAUCAAGCUCCCUUUGUGGGCCUUGGAAAAGUGGGCCAAUUUGGGAUUUGUACGAUUGCAAUUGCCACGGCAUUAUGGACGCAAGGCACGAGAACGAUUGGAAGCGGAUCCAGGAGAUGCUGAUUUGAGGAAAAAGAAUGAACGAUUUUUCUUGGCGGGCAAAGUUCUAGUGGAUUUGAUUCUAACCUCGUCCGAAAAGGUCGCUACUGCCAUUGCUUCCAGCCCUCGAUGGCGUCAAAAUGCCCGACGCACCGCCCACACCCGGGCCUUGGAACAAGUCAGCGAAGAUGCUACGUUACUAAAACGAACCCUGCUCAAGACCUUUGCGGGCGAACGACUCCGCCAAAUGUUCAAUUGGGCCCUGAGUACGGGGGGAGACGACGACGUCUCCCACUUUUUGGCCAAGCUCACGGAAAUGGAAAAACGACUCUUUCAUACGGGAGCCACCGCAGUGGCCAACAAGGAACACUGGUCCGUCUUUGGAAGUCGGCGUUUGGUGAGCGCCAAUGCCAGUGUCAACAAACGACGAUCUCUGACGGCGAAUGCUCAAGAAGAGGCAUCAAGGGUGGCCUCGCCAGAUGCCAACGAAAAUGGUCCCAAACGACAGCGUCGGCAAUGA